AUGAACCUAGUGAAUAAAACUAUUGUAUCUGAAUUCAUUCUCCUGGGAUUUCACACCAGCCGUUCAGUUGAGAUUGUCAUCUUCAUUGUUUUCUUCUUUGUAUAUGCAUUAACUGUCACAGGAAAUUUCACACUAAUUAUAUUAGUAGUGGCUAAUUACCAUCUUCAAAUGCCCAUGUAUUUUUUCUUGAGUAACCUCUCAUUCCUCGAACUCAUGAUCACAUCAACUGUAGUGCCUAAAAUGCUAAUAAAUAUGAUCACAGGGAAGAAGACAAUCUCCUUUGUGGGCUGUCUUGCCCAGUCAUUCUUCUAUUUUCUGAUGGGAUCAACUGAAUUUUUCAUAUUGGCAGUCAUGUCCUUUGACCGUUACCUUGCAGUUUGUUACCCACUGCGCUAUGCAUUGGUUAUGAACAAUAAGACUUGUUUCCAGUUUUUAUUAGGGUCAUGGGUUGGUGGUUUCUUGAUUAUUCUAAUUCCAAGCAUUGUGACAGCUGGAUUACCAUUCUGUGGCCCAAAUAUUGUUAAUCAUUUCUUCUGUGACAGUGCACCAUUACUCAAGCUGGUCUGUAGUGACACAUCACUAGCUGAAAAGAUUGAUUUUGGGACUUCUUGUAUAUUACUCUUGGGAUCACUUUUCAUAACAAUUGUAUCUUAUAUUUAUAUUACUAUUGUUGUACUGAGAAUACCUUCAGCACAAGGUCGUCAGAAAGCCUUCUCAACCUGUGUAUCUCACAUCACUGUGGUAACUCUAUAUUAUGGGAGUUCUAUAUUUGUUUAUGUCCGGCCCACCAAAGGAAAUGUGCUUGAUUUUAACAAAAUGGGCACUGUGUUGAACACAAUAGUGACUCCUAUGUUAAAUCCUUUCAUAUAUAGUCUUAGGAAUGAGAAAGUGAAGGUUGGUCUAAGAAGUGUCCUAAAGAAGAGUAUAGUGAUUUGUAAAUAUUGA